AUGGUCAAUGAAAAGCUUAUUUGCGUUAUCGGUGCGACCGGUAACCAGGGUGGUUCAGUCGCCCGUCGAUUCCUCGACGCAGGCUUCAAAGUCCGUGGCUUGACCCGAAAUACGUCCUCCGACUCGGCCAAGAAGCUGAGCGCGGCCGGUGCUGAAGUCGUCUCAGUCGAUUUGGAUGAUAUAGAGACACUCAAGGAAGCCUUCAAAGGCGCCAACAUCAUCUUCAGUGUGACAAACUACUGGGAGCCCUUCUUCAGACCCGAUUGCCGACUGCAGGCUGCCAAGGAGGACAUCUCAUGUCGCAAGUUUGCCUACAACGUCGAAGUGCAGCAAGGAAAGAAUAUCGUCGAUGCCGCUGCGACUGUGGCCGGGGGUCUUGACAAGAACGGAUUCUUGGUCUCGACCCUGAGUCAAGCUGAGAAGUGUAGUGGGGGCAAGUUCAAGGAUUUGUACCACUUUGAUGCCAAGGCCGAUGUGUUCCCUGCAUAUGUUGAGGGAAAAUAUCCUGAACUUGCUGCCAAGAUGUCAUGCAUUCACACAGGUUUCUUCUUCACCAGCUUUAACAUUCUUCCUGACUCUUAUAUGAACAAGCUGUCUGAUGGGUCUUUUGAAAUGGCCUUCACAACUACCCCUACCGCUGUAGUCCCUCAUUUUGACCCUGUAGGCGACAUGGGUAACUUUGUCUAUGCUGUCUAUCAAAUGCCGCCAGGCAAGGCAUAUAUGGCUGCAGGUACUUUCUGCACAUGGCCCGAAUGGAUUGAAACAUGGGGCCGUAUCAACAAUGUUCCAGUCAAAUACCGACAGAUUACACCGGAUGAAAUGACUGAGGCUACGCCUGACAAGGAUGCCGGUAUUGAGACGGGAUUGAUGUUUUCAUAUACUUCCGACCCGGGAUAUGAUGGCGGAAUGGAGUUGUUGACUGCCAAAGACAUUGAAAAGGCUGGCAUUGAUUGCCCUAUGACAACAUGGGAGGAGUGGGCGGAAAAGUACGACUGGUCUGCGAUUCUUCAGAAAUAA